AUGGCGCGACCGGAGACGCAAUACAACGAUCCCUCAGUCUUUUCUCUUCUGUCACCAAACUUCACUAUCUCUCUAAUUCUUUUUAGUAGCUUCCCGUUUAGCUUACCCAACUUCCACUUUUUCCCCGUCCGUUUAAAAAAUCUUCUUCGUCCAUCUCUCUUUACGAUUUCUUCUUUUUCUUUUUUUUCAUUCAUCGAACAUUUUUCAUUAAUCUUUGAUAUUUUUUUACAUCCCUCUCUUUUUCUUCAUUUUUAUUUUUUCUCUUACUUCAUUCUUUUCAUUUUCUUUCUGUUCUUCAUUAACUUCUUUUUUCCUAAUUUUCUUAUCUCUCAUUUCUUUUUACUUUGCUCAAUUUCAGUCUCUCAUUUCUUUUUUUUUUUUUACUUUGCUCAAUUUCUCUCUAAUUCUUUUAUUCUCUGUUCUCUCCUUUUAUUCUCUCUUUCUUUUCUAUUUAUUUUUAAACCUUUUUCUAUUUAUUUUCCGGCGUUCAAGCUUUUCCCCUCCACUUUUUUCUUUCUUUGCAUUCUAUCUGUCUGCUUUUUAUAUUAUUUUCCAGCACUUUAUUUCUUUCCAAUCAAUUUUUGCUUUAAUUUCGUUUUUUUUUUAUUUUAUUCUUUUCCCCUUUUCCUACGCACUUUAUUUUUUGUACAAAAUAUCAUUUUUUCUCAUUUAUUUCAUAUUCCCUUUCUCAUUCAUCCAGAAUUUCUUUUCAUUGCCCAAUUGCUUUUAUGUUCUGUCUCCCUUCUUUCUCCCUAUUUCUUUUAA